CAGAUAAUAUGACGAUUGAAUAUCACUACCAGUUUGGAUGCUCGGAGACCCACGGAGGUUUGAUGUGGUGGUGAGACCGCCAGUCUCGGACGUAAAUGGCUACUUGGCUGUCUCUCAAGCCGAGGACAGAUGUCAACAUAUAGGUAAACACAUGAUUGAGGAGCUGGCCAUAUUGUAAAUCAGUAUUUGGUAUCUUCAUCCCUUUCUAGAUAUUAAAUUCCCCUCGAUAAAUGCUCGUCUUCAAAGAGGCAUUGCAGCUAUGAAAUUCGGGGGAUUAUUCUCAGUAUCUUGCCUAAUAGGCACAGCAUUUUCCCAAUCGAAGUUAAAGAUCAUGCCAUUGGGAGACAGCAUAACCGAGAUCACUUGUUGGAGGGCGAAGCUAUGGAAUGACUUAAAAGCAAAUAAUUUGACGGACAAGAUCGAGUUCGUCGGCUCGAUGAACAAUACUCAGAGUUGCGAUACGGAAGACGAGGAGUUUGGUAAGCAGCACCACGAAGGUCAUACGGGUUACCUCGCGAUCGACGUAGCGUACGAUCAUAUCGACGGGUGGCUCAACAAUACCAAGCCCGACAUCGUCACGUUUAUGCUUGGUACGGACGAUAUCGCUCGGGGCCGACGGUUAGAGGAUGUCGUAGAGGCUUAUACGAAUAUGGUGCAGUCAAUGCGGCAGUACAACGACCACGUACAGGUUAUCGUCAACACCGUAGUUCCACUGCCGGCAAACAUGGCCCCCGUAGAGAGGCUGAAUGGCAUGAUCCCGGACUGGGCAGUCGAGCAGAACAAAACCGAGUCGCCGAUCUACGUUAACGAUAUAUACCCGUUCCCGAAUGCCUUCCUAAAGGACGGCAUACACCCCAACGACGAGGGCGAGGAUCGUAUUGCCGAUGGGCUGAAUUCGCUUUUGGCGUGGAUUAUUAGUUCGAAUUCGACGGAUAAUAGUACUGUGCCUAGUUGA